AUGCCACCACCACCAAUGCAUGCUGGAGCAGAUGCAUAUGUCGAAACUGGAAAUGUUAAAUCGGAUUUUGGUUUUGAUUCUGCAUCUAUUCGAGCAGCUUUUAUCCGAAAAGUUUUCGUCACUCCUUCUCUAUACUUUAUGAGUUACGCUGUAUUUAUGGUGGUCUAUUUCACAUUGAUGUGUUGUGAAAGUGUACGGAGAUCAUUUCCGGGCAAUUUGAUUGCACUAAGCAUUUUGACUUUAUCCGUUGGCUAUAUGACCAUGAUGAUUUGUUCAUUUCACAAUGUAAUUUCGGUUUUCCUGUGCUUGAUUAUAACCGCUGUUUGCUGCGGUGGAAUUAUACUUUUUUCCACUCAAACUAAAUACGAUCUUACAAGCAUGUACGGCAUCAUGUUCAUUCUGUCUUUGGUUUUGCUGGUUUUCGGCAUCGUAGCAAUCAUUGCUGGCGCCAUAUUUAAAACUCAACUUCUUUAUUCCGUUUAUGCUGGACUUGCUGCUCUUCUUUUUAUGGUUUAUUUAGCUAUGGACAUUCAGGCAAUAAUGGGAGGUCGAAAGUAUCAGAUUUCACCAGAGGAUCACAUUUUUGCAGCGAUCCAAGUUUUCCUAGACAUCGUUUAUAUUUUCUGGAUGUUGCUAACCUUAUUUGGUUCAAACAAGUAA